AUGGCGCGCGCGCGGCGCCCGCUGCUGCCGCUGCUGCCGCUGCUGCUCCUGCUGCGGCCGCCCCUGGCGCGCGCCGAGGACGCCGCCCGCGCCAACGCGGACCGCUACGCCGUCUACUGGAACCGCAGCAACCCCAGGUUCCACGCGGGUGGCGCGGACGACGGCGGCGGCUACACGGUGGAGGUCAGCAUCAAUGACUACCUGGACAUCUACUGCCCACAUUACGGGACGCCGCUGCCACCCGCCGAGCGCAUGGAGCACUACGUGCUGUACAUGGUCAACGGCGAGGGCCACGCGUCCUGCGACCACCGGCAGCGUGGCUUCAAGCGCUGGGAGUGCAACCGGCCCGCGGCGCCCGGGGGGCCGCUCAAGUUCUCCGAGAAGUUCCAGCUCUUCACGCCCUUCUCCCUGGGCUUUGAGUUCCGCCCGGGCCACGAGUAUUACUACAUCUCUGCCACGCCACCCAAUGCCGUGGACCGGCCCUGCCUGCGGCUGAAAGUUUACGUGCGGCCGACCAAUGAGACCCUGUACGAGGCCCCUGAGCCCAUCUUCACCAGCAAUAACUCAUGCAGCAGCCUGGGCAGCGGCCGCCUCUUCCUCAGCACCGUCCCUGUACUCUGGACACUCCUGGGCUCCUAG